CAAUGCUAAGUGAAGGACAAUGGACUAUUGUUUCACAAUGCAAUUGUUACAACGUUGGUAAGUCAGAAGAGUGAAUCGUAAAUUUGUAAACAUUCUGUGGAUCUACAGAAGUGCUGCGGAUGCGCUUUAGGCGUGAGCUGUAGACUGCUGUAGACGAGUUGAUGCAGGUGGAUGUGAUAACAUGUGAAGGCAGUAUGUAACAAGCUAAAAUUGUUUCCUCCCUAGUCUUCAAGUGGGACGUAGUCGUCCGUUCAAGUAUGUGAAUCACGUAUUGAUUUCGGCGUGCGGUGAUAUUUGUUGUGGAACUUUGGUGAAUCCAAGAUACUGAUAAGAUGGUGUUGUUGAAAGAGUAUCGGAUUUGUAUGCCACUGUCUGUGGAAGAGUAUAAGAUAGGUCAGUUGUAUAUGAUUGCAAGGCAUAGUAAUGAACAGACAGAUUCUGGGGAAGGGGUUGAAGUCGUAGAGAAUGUGGAAUGUGAAGAUCCAGAGCAUGGCAAAGGCCAGUACACAGAGAAAAGAAUACAUUUGUCUAGUCGUUUGCCGUAUUGGAUUCAAGCCAUUAUUCCAAAAGUUUUUUAUGUGACAGAAAAGGCUUGGAAUUACUACCCAUUUACUAUUACAGAAUACACAUAUUUUUGUUUACUGAAUGAAUUUUCACUGCUGUUUCAGUGUUCCUUCGUGCCAAAGUUCAAUAUAUACAUUAAAACGAAAUAUGAGAAUAACAAUGGAAGUACUGACAAUUGUCUUGAUUUGACACCUGAAGAACUUAAUGAUCGUACUGUUGAGUAUAUCGAUAUUGCAUAUGAUGAAGUUAGCCCUAAACAUUACAAAGAAGAGGAAGAUGUGAGGUUCUUUCAAUCUCAGAAGACAGGACGUGGGCCUCUGGUAGAAGGAUGGAGGGAUCAUUCUACUCCAAUUAUGUGUUCCUACAAGUUGGUUCAAGUUUCAUUUGAAGUGUGGGGUCUCCAGACAAGAGCUGAAGAUCUACUACAACGGAGCAUACGUGAAAUUCUUCUUUUGGGUCACCGCCAAGCUUUUGCAUGGAUUGAUGAAUGGCUAGGCAUGAAUCUAGAGGAUGUCAGAAACUACGAGAGCAAGAUGCAGCAAGAAACAAAUGAGAAGAUGACACAGGCCGCAAAGGUAGAUGAAAGUUCACGAUCCAGCAGCUUGGAAGCAACUUUGGAGACGGAGACUGAACUGGGAUUGCCCAGUACUCCUAGCAGCGGUGUAUGCGCCCCAGUCUCCAUGUCCACUUCUCCCACCAGUGGCACUCCUACUACCCCCACCACACCCAAGACGCCCAAGUCUUCAUGGUUCUGGUAAUAGUUGGAGGGCUGAAGGGUGGCAUGUACCCAGCACUGUAGGGAAGUUGUAUGAGUACAGCUCUCGAAGUAGAAAUCAUGAGAAAGUUGUGGCAGGAUUUUGAAAGAAUCUGAUUUUUUGCUACACUGAAUGACCAGGUAUUGUAAGCACUUUGCAGAUAACGUGGAAGUGUGUAACAAAUAUUAAUAUUUGGUUUCUUGUAUUGGCUGGCUUGUUUCCAAAAUACAAGAGAACUUGCAGUUUUCUGUGUUGUAGAGGCAAAAUUGAAGAAAAUAGUAUCUUAUUGAAUGAGCGUCCCAGUAUUGAAUUUUUGUGGCAUUAGUAGUUUGCAUAACUUAGGUCAACAAUUCUUUUCCUGUUAUGUAAAAUCAGAAAUAGUUCUUUUAAAUUCCUGUCCAAAACUUUCUUGUGUAUUAAUUUAUUUUAUACAUAUGAUAUAGGUGCACCCACUAGGUGGCCCUGGCAAUAAUCCGUAGGUGGUGAAAUUAAUUCCAUUAGCAGUCUGAGAGUAAAGAAAAUGUGGGUGUAGAUGCUGGAAUGUUCUUGAGAAGUUUGUGUGCUAUAGCACACAUGUUUGUUUGCAUUAAAAUGUGUCAGUCUGUGGCAAAUGGGUAAUGUAUUUCAAAUGAAAAAUGCAAUGGAGGAAAUUGAAGUCUGUUUAUGUACACUGGUAACCCUAAAAACAAUGUUUCAUGUAAAGCAUAGGAAAUUAAUGUUUAUUCACUCACAGUAUCAUUUUACAAAAAUAAAAUGGCUUUGAUUGUGUCUGUGGAAAAUUACAUUAAUUGCAUUUUGCAUGAUAGAGUUGUCUAUACAUUCUGUUAAAUUUUUUCUCAAUGUUCUAUUAUGUCUAUAAAAUUAAUGUCAAAGAAUAUGUCAGUGGGUCCACUGUAUAGUUUUACUAGUCACAUGCCUGUCUUAAGGGCUAAUCUCAAUUACCAAUUUCAAGUCUGUGGUCUGUUCCAUUGCAAUGUAGAAUUUACAAGUUAUUUCAUAGUAUAUUUAUUAAAAAGAAUGUUAAAAAUAUGUUAAAAUACUUGAUGUUGCUAUAUGUACAUAUAUAGUUUUGUGUACUGUCUUGUUGUUGUUUUGAAGGAUUAGAUAUUGGAGCAUAACAUGAAUAUUUUAUUUUGUUUCUUGGGUAAUUACGAAUUUGGAUUAAAUAGUAACUCAUCAAAAAAAUUACCAUAUUGCUUUCUCUUUUUAAAACUAGUAAAAUCUUAACUUGAAGUAUAGUUCAUUGCCAUAGUUUUUAAAUUGAUUUAUGCUAUGUAACAGUAAGUAUGCAUUAACAUUUUAUUGAUUCAAAAUUGAAAGGGGUUUUAAAUAUUUCUGAGAUAGACAAGAUAGCUUUUGCAACUUCCUCUUUGUGUGAGCUAAUUUGAGACCAUACAUAUUUAUUUGCAUUUGUUUACAGCUGUGUGACAGAUAUGUUGACAGAUCUAUGAAAACAAAUUCUCCUUCCUGAUGUAUCAAUAAUUAGCAUCUUUAGUAUGUAUUUGUGCAAGUAUAGUAAUUGGAUUUUUUUUUCUUAUUUGCUUUUUUUUAAGGGUAUUUUUAUGUAGUGGGAAUCAAGGGGUCUUAAUCCUGAUUAUUCCUGAAAAUUUCAAAAAAGUAUUUUUAAACUUUAAAGAUGUUUUCUUUGCAAUUAUAUCCUUGUUCCUAAAGAUUUUUACUGUUACGUCUGAAAAAUGGUUUGUUUCUUCAGACAACUUCAUUGUUUGCGGAUUUCUUAAUACCUUCUAAAUAUAUUACAGUGCAAUAAAGUAAUGUGCAAAUCCUGAAAUGUUUGCUUGGACAAACAUGUUAUGCUCCUAGGACCAGUUCUUGGUUACGGUUCUGAGAUAUAUAUAUGUACAGUGUUUGUUCUGUCAUAGAUAGAUUUCCGUUUUCUUCACCAUAUACUGUACCGUGAUAUACAAGUGUUCUUUGACUCAUUACAACGAUGGGAUCCUAAGUGUUUGGUGUACAUCCUCCCAUGACAAGCAUUUGCUCUUGGAGAUCAAUAAGACAUGAAAGUGUAGAUGAUAGUGACCUAAACUGAGUAUAGAUACAUUUUAAUUCUCCUCAGAAAGUAUAUUUUAUUAUUCUAACUUUUAUUUGUUUUCCUAAAAAUAGUACUUACUGAAAAAUUAGUGAUUUGUGGAGAAAAGUAUUCUGAUUUGUUUAUUACCGUCAAGUAGUAGUCCUUGUAACAGUAGUUGUCAUACUUUUUCCAUCACUGCCACUUUCAAUGAGUGCACACAUAGUUUUGGCACAAGUGAACAGCUAAUUUGUCUCUGAAAAUUGAAUAUUGUUUUAAUACUUCAGAAUUUACAGCAAAUAAGUUUCUUUUCUGGUCUCGAGUAUUUGGUAAUGUCUUAAAAUCUUCUGGGCUUUUAUAGCUACUUGAUAUUUGUAUUUUGAAUUGAACCUUUGGGAUCAAAUGUGUUGAUAUUUUGGUGCAACAUUUUUUUUUUCCACUGCACAAGUUGUGAUCAAAAUAAAAUAAACUGUACAAUUCAGAAUGGAAUGUUUUCUCACAUGUAGCUAUGUAGACAUUGGAACAAAUAGAACUAGUUUUCAAGGAAGACAUGUAGAUUAAAGGGACUGAGAAUAUGAGACCAAUACUUAGUUUCUUUGGCAAGGGAAGAAUGGUAGGUUUCUAUUAGGUCUUUGCUCAGAACAAACUUUAUACUUAUUUUUGAAGAGAUAUUUAAUGCUGUAUUUUUUUAUGGUUGUCUGGAUAUAAUACAACAGAUUCUUCUGUUCUUUUGUAAAGAUUGAAACCAUAUUUCAAGUGAGACUCUGUGUUUUUAGUCUACUUAACUGUAUUUUAGAGUUCCUUGAAAAAAUGUGCUUUUAAAUAAAAUGGGAAAAUGUCCAUAUUGAUUAUUGGUAAAUUGGAUUGUGGGCAGAUGCUUUCUCAUCUAUCUUACCCGAAGUACUUUUUUUUGCCUCUCUAUGGAUUUUUGUUGCUUUAGAAUGCAUAUACGUCUUAAAUCUGUUUCUUGUUUAGCUCACACAUUUUUGAGAUUUAUUCUGGUAAAAAUCUUGUGUAUAUUUUUGUUCAAGUUGGUUAUAUUGACGUAAAAAAAAAAAGUUCUGCAUGAUAAGGACGAUGUAUGUUUUUGCCAGUUUGUCUGUGUUGCCUGUGUCUUCUGUAUUUUUAAUGGUCUUUACAGAAAUAUUUCUAUGUUAAUUGUAAAUUACUUAGAAGAAAAUGCAUUUAGUAAAAAGACAUUAGUCUUCAGUGGCUCAACAGGGUUCUUCGAUGUUUUGUGUAGAUGGUCAUGCCCAUGUGACUUAUAAUUGUAAUGUAUGUGUUUUAUUUUUAUUAUGUUCGUUAGUACAUCACUCUUCUUUUGAAGUUUGUCACUAGGUGUGCUAUAAUAUAAUAAAGUUUCCUGAGACACAUUUGUUGCAGGUUAUUUUGUGAUAUACUAUAGAUUUGCUCAUUUGCUGUAAGCACAAUUUGGGUACCAAUCAGGAAUUAAAAAAUUGUUGAUGUCUUUGUACAUGUCACUAUUACCUUCAACGAUGUUUCCUUGAUGUGACUGCAAUUGUCAUUCAUGUUAUCACAUGCUAAUGUAUGUGUCAAAGAGAUGUUUCUUGUGCAGUUGUUUGUGGAAGUGUCUAACCUACUUGUGUACAUUUGAAUGGUAAAGAAAAAAGAAAAAAACAACAAUCUCCUUGAAUCUGUACAAGUAGUCUCUUAAAAUAAAGUUGUUCCCUCAGCC